AUGAAUAUGAACAUGGACUGUGGAUAUGACGACUUUGCCUACCCCACCCGAACUCGACGAGACCGGGUUGUUGUGAAUAAUCAGAUUUUCUACGUCAAUCUCGGUUAUUUGGCCGAGUUUUCCGAGUUUUUCGCUGAACACAUUGAGGAUAACGAGAUUGUGGUUGAUGGAGUUGACGCAUUUGAAUUCCUGGAGCUUUUACGAGUGUUGUUUAAUUGUCCAAAGAAGAAAUCCAUCAAUUGUGAGUUUGUUUUAGGUUUUUGUUGGCUUAGGGCGAUAUUAUACUAGGUAAAAUGGGGUUUUGUAGGUAACAAUUGUUUAUCAAGGGAAAAUUAGUUGUUUAUUGUAAAAUACUGUUUUCUACACGUUUUUAGUCUUUUCUUUUUAGAAAUAUGGAGGUUACUAUUCAAAAGUUGAAUUAUUUCAGGCUCAAACCUUCUGGCAGUUGUAAACGCGGCCUGUUUCUUCGGCGUUGCGAAUGUGUUGAAGCGAUGCGACGAGGUGCUGCAGUUUUGCCUAAACAGUCUUUCCCAUACUGAUCUGAUGCAGCUGACGAGAACAAUAUCAAGAUACGAUCGUGAUAAUGCUUCGUUAUCACUUUUGGUGGACAAAAUUGCCAAUUUCAACGAACAAGAACUUCAGACCUUGCCAUUUUCGAAGAUACCUGGGGAUGUUGUGGCUGAUGUGUACACUGUACGUCAACUGACACAUGAGAGACAAAAGCGCCAGAAGCGGAAAUCGUUUUGGACGACCGAGAACUUUUGUUGUUUCUUCUAA